CCGUCAGUACGGGCUUGGACGCCCUAGAGAGAAGACGUAGGGCUGUACGCUCUGUGGCUUUCCCCUCAGGCCCCUUGGAUAAAUGGCCAGGGAGGAGGCAGAGAGGCAUACUGCUGAUAGAAACACGAUAGCGGAGGCCACGCAUGCAGUGGUGGAAGGUGCAAAGUAGUGCUGGAGGGAGUGAGAGACGGGUGUUGUAGUGAGUGAAGGAAAGAGAAGAAAGGCGCCAUUUUGGUGGUAUAGCUUGACUUAAUACACGCAGUUCUCAAUGGAUGCAAGGCUCCCACGCCCACGGUUUUAACGCCACGCCACGCCCACAGGCCCGCCCGAGAUGUACCCCACGCCCAGGCCACCCGGCGCGAGUGUUGGCAGUCCACUCAUUCAUCGCCCGCCGAGUGCCCAAGGUCCCCCUGCCCCGCCCACCGGCCCGGGACAGCUCAAGUUUACCAUUGCGGAAACCUGUGAUCGAAUAAAAGAAGAGUUUAAUUUCUUGCAGUCCCAGUACCAUGCACUGAAGCUUGAAUGUGAGAAAUUAGCGAGUGACAAGACGGAAAUGCAGCGCCACUAUGUAAUGUAUUAUGAAAUGUCUUAUGGCCUCAACGUGGAAAUGCAUAAACAGACGGAGAUAGCGAAGAGACUCAAUGCAAUAAUCGCCCAGGUGCUGCCCUUCCUCUCCCAAGAACACCAGCAGCAGGUCGCCACAGCAGUAGAGAGAGCGAAGCAGGUGACCAUGACGGAACUAAAUGCCAUAAUAGGGCAACAGAUGCACGCACAAGCAGGCAUCCCCCACGGCGCCCAUGCCCCCACACUGCCAAUGGCGCCUCACCCGUCUUUGGGCACCAUGCCGGGACUUCCACCCUCCACCGCUGCCCCACCAGGCCUACUCUCCGCCGUGUCCUCAGCCUCGCUCAUAGGCCUACCCCCUCACCUUGGUAUGCCUUCAAUGUUGGGGAAGCCUGAUGCACUGCGGCCGGAGGAGAAGAGAGAGAGAGGGGAGGACAGGGCGGCGCAGCUGUUGGAGGAGAGAGUGCGUAACAGCAGCUCCCCAGGUGAAAAAUACCGGCCGAGGUCUCGCACGCCGGAUGACCACGAGGCGAAGAGGAGGAAAGAGGAGAAGGCGCAUGACAGUGACGGAGAGAAGAGCGAUCAGGACUUGGUGGUUGAUGUGGCGAAUGAAGACCCCAAUACCCCGCCGCAAGCCAACGGGGACCACCGCGACGUGAGAGAAAACGGAGAGAAGAAGCCAGAGAGACCCCCCUCGCAGUCCUCCUCUUCCAGGUCAACACCGCAACUCAAGCACGAGAAGGUGACAGGCUACGACCCCCAUAGUGCUGUGCGGCCGCCCCCCCUCACCUCCAACGGCAUCCCCACUAAUGGCUCAGCUGGGAAGCCCGCGUACAGCUUCCACGUGAAUGGUGAGGGCAACCUGGUGCCCGUGCCCUUUCCCGGUGACGCGCUGAUCGCGCCGGGCAUCCCGCGACACGCGCGGCAGAUCAACACGCUGCACCACGGCGAGGUGGUGUGCGCCGUCACCAUCAGCAACCCCACCAAGUACGUGUACACGGGCGGCAAGGGCUGCGUCAAGGUGUGGGACAUCUCGCAGCCAGGCUCCAAGACGCCCGUGUCCCAGCUGGACUGUCUGCAGCGCGACAACUACAUCCGCUCCGUCAAGCUGCUGCCCGACAUGCGCACCCUCAUCGUGGGCGGCGAGGCGUCCACGCUCAGCAUCUGGGACCUGGCCACGCCCACGCCACGCAUCAAGGCCGAGCUGAUCUCGUCGGCGCCGGCGUGCUACGCGCUGGCCAUCUCGCCGGACUCCAAGGUGUGCUUCAGCUGCUGCAGCGACGGCAACAUCGCCGUGUGGGACUUGCACAACCAGACGCUGGUGCGGCAGUUCCAGGGCCACACGGACGGCGCCUCGUGCAUCGACAUCUCGCCGGACGGCACCAAGCUGUGGACGGGCGGCCUGGACAACACGGUGCGCUCGUGGGACCUGCGCGAGGGGCGCCAGCUGCAGCAGCACGACUUCACCAGCCAGAUCUUCUCCCUGGGCUACUGCCCCACGGGGGAGUGGCUGGCCGUGGGCAUGGAGAGCUCCAACGUGGAGGUGCUGCACGUCAACAAGCCGGACAAGUACCAGCUGCACCUGCACGAGUCCUGCGUCCUCUCACUCAAGUUCGCUAACGCCGGGAAGUGGUUCAUCUCCACGGGCAAGGACAACCUGCUCAACGCCUGGCGGACACCCUACGGCGCCUCCAUCUUCCAGUCCAAGGAGUCUUCGUCCGUGCUGAGCUGUGACAUCUCUGCGGACGACCAUUACAUCAUCACUGGGUCUGGAGACAAGAAGAGCACAGUUUAUGAAGUGAUCUAUUAGCACACACACACACACACACACACACACACACACACACACACACACACACACACACACACACACACACACACACACACACACACACACACACACAGGUAACAUCCCACAAUGUACACCACGUGGGCAUUCUUUCUGGGGCAUUAGUGAGCCAGUGGGCAUUUGUGAAGCUCAUCUCUAUUUGAAUUGUUACCUAUGUUAGUGUGCGUGUGUGCGUGCGUGCGUGCGUUUACCUGCCGGGUCUGGUUACCUGCGCAGGUGAUUAACUUUCUCAGGUGGCGAGUUUAGCGUGUAGAUGAUAGUACAACCCUUUUUUGAGAGAGAGAGAGAGAGAGAGAGAGAGAGAGAGAGAGAGAGAGAGAGAGAGAGAGAGAGAGAGAGAUUCAUUCGUGGCGCAUAAGAACAAAGUGACAGUAAUAGAUUUAAGGUAGACAGGUACACACACACACACACACACACACACACACACACACACACACACACACACACACACACACACACACACACACACACACACAGACAGACAGACAGACGAGACAAGAUAUUGGACAGAAACCCAACACAUUAUACAGGCAGACAUACAGACAGAUGGACAGAACACACACACACACACACACACACACACACACACACACACA